GUAAUUCGCUGCAAAAAUGACGAAAUCAAAGUCAAAAAAGGAGGAUUUGAUCCCGGAAAUCGGGGAUUUCACAAAGUUUUUCAAAAGUCGAUCAAAAUUUUCCGACCAAAUAACCGAUGUUAUUUCGAAUGUCUACGAAUGGUCGACAUCACUGGAACCUUCAGAAGACAAUCUUCCACUUCCAUUUGUUUCGAAAAACGAAGAAGUCGUUUGGAGUUAUCUGAAGCAUCAGAAUAAGCAAUUAGAUGGAAUUAAUAAGAAAUAUAAGGGAUUUCUUUCCGAGUUGAUUGGAAAAUCGCAUAUUCGGGUGGCGGCGAAAAUUCAGGAUUCUGAAGGUUCGGAAGAUGGUUCUGAUGGCUCCGAUGGCGGCUCCGAAGAGGAGCUCGAUGAUGAUGAGGAAGAGCUGGAAGAUGAAGAGCUCGAGGAUGAAAUGAUUGACGAUGAGGAUGAAGCCGAUCUUUUUAAUUUAAGCGAGAGUGAUCUGAAGACGUUGGACGCUGAUUUGAAGAAAAUGGAAGAAGAAGAAGCCGGAGAAGAGAAAGAGGAGGUGGAAAAAGCCACAGAACAACCGAAAAAAUUCAAGAAAUCCAUUGUGGACGAUCAGUUUUUCAAUCUUGACGAGAUGCACGAUUUUUUGCAAAAAACUGAGAGAGCUGGAGGCAAAAAGGCCGCUCAGGAUGAGGAAAUGAUGUUUGAGGAUGAAGAUAGCUGGGACGGAAAAACCGACUACACGUAUGAGGACUUUUUUGGAUCUCGUGAGACAGUUGCUGAAACCGAAAAAAUGAAUGGAGAGAAGAAAAAAAUUGAAAAAGAUAAGAAACGGAAGGCUGGAGAUAAAGCUGAUUUAUCACUUGAUGAUGGAAAGAACAAAAAACGCGUUCGUUUCGCAAUGGAUGAGGAACCUGAAGAAGAAGAAGUUGAAGACGAGGAGCAAGAAGACAUUAAUGAUGAAGAAGAGCCCCCAGAGGAUGAGCCAGUGCUCCUCGGAGCCGACCUCGAAGAGCCGAAGGAAGAAUCGGCGUUUGCCAAGCGUCAGUCCAAGAUGAAGGAACGAAUCGCUAAGCUUGAGGAGGAGAAUUUGGCUCCAAAAUCGUGGGAGCUCUCCGGAGAGGUUGCCGCCGAUCAGAGAGAUCAGAAUACCCUGCUGGAGAAGCAUGUGGAUUUUGAUCAUGGAGCAAAACGUGCUCCAGAGGUUACCGAAGAGUUUACAGACCGCCUCGAGUCACUUAUCAAGCAACGAAUUCGUGAUAAAGCCUGGGAUGAUGUGAUUCGAGUGAAAAAAGUCGAAGCGAAAGGCGCCAAAUUCGAAACUGAAGCCAUCGAGAAUCAAAUGAAUCAGAAAACUUCCUUGGCUGAGGUUUAUGAGAAGGAAUAUCAAAAUUCGACUGGAAAUUCUGCAGAUGGAGCAGCAGGAGCCACGAAGCCGAAUGAAGCUCAUGAAGCUAUAAAAUCGAAGAUGGGAGAUCUCUUCCGGCUAAUUGAUGCGCUAACUCAUUUCGAGUAUAAACCGGAUCAAGCUCGCGAGGAGGUGAAAGUGGUCUCAAAUAUGGCUGCUCUACGUGUGGAAGAAGUCGGAAUUACAGCUUCAACGGAGGCUCAGCUUAUGGCUCCAGAGGAGAUUUCGAAGAAGAUGAAGGCGAUUGAAAAGAGCAAGGAUGAGAGAGACGCGACUGAUAAGGCACGAGAACGUCGGCAGAAGAAGGCUAAGCAGAGGUCGAUGCUGGAAAAGUUUGGCGAGGAGCGAGUUUUCGGAGAGCAGAAGGCGGUGAAGCUGGCCAAGAAGGAGAGGAAGGCUGGGAAGGAGAAGGGCGGCGGGGUGGAUAAGAUUAAGAGCUCGAACUUCUUUGCGAAGCUUCAGGAGACGGUGGCUGCUGAGAAGAAGGAUGGAGCGGUGACGAAGAAGAAGAAGAAGAUUGUGAAGAGAUUGAAGAGUGAUAAGAAUUCGGCUGCUAUUAAGCUUUAGUAAUCGAUUAUUUUGUUUUUUUUUUUGUUUUUUGUUUUUAUUUUUCUAUUUUUCUAUUACUGAAACACAAAAUUCAAAAUUGUGCAUCAUGUUUGACGCGCAAAAUAUCUCGUAGCGGCGAAAUGACUACUGUAGUGUCGAUUUACGGGAUCUCGAUUUUCGAAAAUGAAUUUAUUUUAUAUGCAAAAAAAAUACUAUUAAAAGUAUAGUUAUCGAUUCUUGAAUUUUGCAAAAAAAAAAAUUAUUCUGUCGCACAGAAUGUAGGGCGGAGCGUAGCUGCCGCACGGGGUUUGUCUCCGCCCCUUUUCCACUGUUUUUUUUCUCGAAGUUUCUAGUCUUUUUCUUUCUUUUUUUUUUGGAUAAAGAGAAAAAUAAAAUAAUAGUAAAAUCGAAACUUUAUUGAAAAAAUCAACAAAAAAAAACAGUGGACGCUCCGCCCUACUUUCUGUGCGACAGAAUAAUUUUUUUUUUUUGCAAAAUUCAAGGAUCGAUAACUAUACUUUUAAUAGUAUUUUUUGCAUAUAAAAUAAAUUCAUUUCGAAAAUCGAGAUCCCGUAAAUCGACACCACAGUAGUCAUUUCGCCGCUACGAGAUAUUUUGCGCGUCAAAUAUGUUGUGCGAUACGCAUUCUCAAAAUUUUGUGUUCCCCGUAAUAUUU